CACCGUCAAUCGUCUAUUUAUGUACUAAUAAUUGGGCUGAGUCCUCAAACAGUGGGGUCACAUCUCCAUUACUCCAUUCUCCUAAUUCAUCACUGGUCGGCGGCAAUGGAGAAAAUAGUGGUGGUGGUGGAGGAGGCGGAGGCGGCGAUAACAGCCCUGAAAUGGGCGCUCCACAACAUCCUCCGCUGCGGCGAUGUGGUGACGCUCCUCCACGUGUAUCCGACGCAGAGAUCAAAGAGCAAGAGAAAGCUCCGCCGCCUCCGCCUCAAGGGCUUCCAAUUAGCUCUCUCCUUCAGAGAUAUCUGCAACGCCUUCCCCAACACGAAGACGGAGAUCGUUGUGACGGAGGGCGACGAGGAAGGGGGGAGAAUCGCCGCCGUGGUGAGGGAAAUCGGAGCCUCCACGCUCGUGGUGGGGCUUCAUGAUCGGAGCUUUCUAUACAGGUAUCUAACACUCCAAAACAAUAGCAUAAGGCAUUUGAACUGUAAGGUCCUUGCCAUCAAAGAACCAACAACAAGUCCGACAUCCACAACGAUCUCUAUAGAAGGG